AUGUGCCUCCUUCACCCCUUCUGGUCCUGCUGCUGUGUGCUGGUCCUCUUCUCCCUGGGAGUUCAGGGGGCCCCAGGAGCUCCCAGUGCCACACCUGAGCAAGUCCAUCUGUCCUACCCAGGUGAGCCGGGUUCCAUGACCGUAACCUGGACCACGUGGGUCCCCACUCGCUCUGAAGUGCAGUUUGGGAUGCAACUAUCAGGGCCCCUACCUCUGCGGGCAGUGGGCACCUCUAGCCCCUUUGUGGAUGGGGGCAUUCUCCACCGGAAGCUCUACAUACACCGAGUCAUGCUGCGGAGGCUGCUGCCUGGGGUCCAGUACGUUUACAGGUGUGGUAGUGCCCAGGGUUGGAGCCGUCGGUUCCGCUUCAAGACCUUAAAGAAUGGGCCCCACUGGAGCCCCCGUCUGGCUGUGUUUGGGGACCUAGGGGCUGAGAACCCAAAGGCCCUCCCUCGACUACGCAGGGAAGUCCAGCAGGGCAUGUACGAUGCUAUUCUUCAUGUGGGAGACUUUGCCUACAACAUGGAUGAGGACAAUGCCCGCGUCGGGGACAAGUUCAUGAGGCUUAUUGAACCUGUGGCCGCCAGCCUGCCAUACAUGACCUGCCCUGGGAACCAUGAACAACGCUACAACUUCUCUAAUUACAAGGCUCGCUUCAGUAUGCCGGGAAACACUGAAGGUCUUUGGUACAGUUGGGACCUGGGCCCAGCCCACAUCAUCUCUUUCUCCACUGAGGUCUAUUUCUUUCUUCACUAUGGCUACCAUCUGGUAGAGAAACAGUUUCGUUGGUUGGAGAGCGACCUCCAGAAAGCCAACCAGAAUCGGGCAGCCCGGCCUUGGAUCAUAACCAUGGGUCACCGGCCCAUGUACUGUUCCAAUGCUGACCUGGACGACUGUAGAUGGCAUGAAAGCAAGGUUCGCAAAGGCCUCUUUGGUCAGUUAUAUGGGUUGGAGGAUCUUUUCUACAGAUAUGGGGUCGACCUAGAGAUCUGGGCUCAUGAGCACUCAUAUGAACGGUUGUGGCCAAUUUACAACUACCAGGUGUUCAACGGUAGCCAAGAGAGGCCCUACACCAACCCUCGAGCUCCUGUCCACAUCAUCACGGGAUCUGCUGGCUGUGAGGAGCGGCUGACCCCCUUUGUCAUCUUCCCACAACCCUGGAGUGCUAUACGUGUGAGGGAAUACGGAUACACGCGGCUACACAUCCUCAACGGGACCCACGUUCACAUCCAGCAAGUGUCUGAUGACCAGGAUGGCAAGAUAGUGGAUGACUUCUGGGUGGUGAGGCCCCUGACCAAUCGGAUGAUGUACCUCUAG